AUGGAAAACAAUGAAAUUUUUGAAACUCAGCUGUUGCCGGUCGGAAGUGCGGAUAAGAAUGCAGGAAGGUUAGAGACCGUAGCAAAAUCUCAGGGAAAUUUAGCCACCUGCUCUUCAUGUAUUGACGUCACUGAACAUUACACCGGCUCGGUCGUCGCCCGGGUUACCAAGGGCCGCGCAGGCUGUUGGGGGACUGAGGCAGACGGCGGAAAGUCGGCGAUCAGAACCUGCUCACUGCCCUCUGCCAGCCGGGGGCGUGGCAGCACCAGGAUGGCUGACGAAGACCGACGCAACGACGACGAAGAUACCAGUCAGCAACGGAGUCGCUACCCGUUCUGA